AGGACGUCACUCCCUUUUCAGUGUUCGAAGGAUAUACCAGAGACUGUAUACUCAAGCUAUUGUAGACAUGGUACAAAGACAUGAGUCAUGGAAAAAAUUCUUUGUGUGGGAAGCAGGAAAAACAAAUGGGGCCCAUUUUCCAGUUGUUCAAAUACUCAAAAGUAUUGGACAAACAGACGUGACCUCUGCAACGGAAUGUGACUAUCUUCUAGUCUUCUGUCCUGUCGUUUCCCGAGUUGGAACAGACAUCGGCGAGGCCCUGCACAACAUAACUCCUGGCAAACCAGUAAUACUGGUGGUGAUGCAUCACACCUUUGAUCCUCACCAUGUUGUAGCUGAAAGCCGGAGGCAGGUGAACAACCCAAAUGUCCACCUAACUGUGGACUGUCUGUUUUUUGAAGGCCACCUCCUCAGUUGUAACCUCAAUGAUACCAUGUCGGGUGACAUCAAAAAAUUUUUUGGUUCUGAAUUCCCAGUUCCAGUCUUAAUUCACAACCUGAUCUCUUUGUGGCAACACAUCCCACGUUUCUUUUUAGGUUUCUUCAUCUGGAAAAUAUUUGGACUUUGUUGCUCCAGUAUCUGGAAUAUAUUCGUGUGUUUAGGUAGCCCCAUCUGGAAAAAAAUCAGACCUUGCUUGAAUCCUCUGGUACAGAUUGCUGGAUUGAUUGUUCCUUUGCUGAUGGCAGUUGUGACAUCAUUCAGCUCCAAAAUAUGGAAGAGAAAUAAAAGUGGGAAAUGAGGACUGCAAAACAAAAUCCAAAAGCAAUAAUUUAACAAUAUCACAGUACGUUUUCUUGAUACUGUAUAUAAAACAAAAUAUAUGUAAUAUAUCAUGCCUUUGUAAUCAUUAAAGACGUGUUAGUUAUGUAUUAUAGUUAUGAAAGCUGGUAUAGAUGUUUUAGGGAUGAAUCUUUUGAUCAUUGGUACUGUAGCAUGCUAAAGAUGAAAUGUUGCUUUACUCACAUGUCCAGAUGUCAAGUCAAGACUGAAAAGUGAGCUUUAAGAAAACAAAACCAUUUCUUUCCCAGUUAUUGCAGACAUGCUUAUGUAUUUUAAAAUAACGAAUUUAUUGAGUGGAUAUCUUGGUGUCAUUUGUGGCUUUUGUUCAUACUGAAUUAAAAGACAUUCUUUAUUAAGUGACAUUAAAAA